AUGGAAACGUUAGAAGCCCUGCAAGCGCGGCAUCGCAAGGAGCAGCGGGAUCUGCAGGGGCGCAUAACGAGCAAGAAGAAGAAUGCGACAAAGAAGACGCGCAAGGGCGUGAACGACGAGUGCGCCGAGCUCGAGCGCCGGCUGAAGGAGCAACAAGAGCAGGAGCUGGCAGCCCUCAGCGGGGAGCCCAUUGGCGACGAUGCAGCGUCCGACGGCGAGAUCAAUGGCUCGACACAAGACCAAGCGGCCGAGGCGACCACGCCAGCCGUGAAUGGCGUGGCGGAACAGCUCGAGAACACAUCGAUAUCGAACGCAGAGACACCGCCGAGCCACGACCAACAACAGCAAGCCGGGAAGAAACGGAACCGCCAGAAGGAGCGCAUGGCCCGCCGCGCCGCUGAACAAGAGGCUGCCGCCGUAGCGGCCGAGGAAGAGGCUAAAGGCAUGACGGACCACCGUGCGAUCGAGAAGACGUACCUGCUCAAGGAGUUCAAGGCCAACGGGCUCGUCGAGAAGGAGAUCCAGCCCGACGGGCACUGCCUAUUCUCGGCCGUCGCGGACCAGCUGACGCAGCAGGGCACCGCGCUGGCGCCGGAGGCCGAGGCCAAGGGCCAGCUGCCCUACAAGGUCGUGCGCCGGCGGGCCACGGACUACAUGCGCGGCCACCGUGACGACUUUGCGCCCUUCAUGGAGGAGGACUUCGACGCCUACAUCGCCAAGAUCAGGGACACGGCUGAGUGGGGCGGUCAGCUCGAGCUCAUGGCGCUGGCGAACGUGUACGGGGUCGAGAUCAAGGUGCUGCAGGACGGCCGGACAGAGACCAUCGAGCCGUCGAGUACACCGUCCGACAGGGGCCGGAUAUGGCUGGCGUAUUACCGCCACGGCUCGUUCGGAGACUUGUGGAUACGGCGCAUCAUGGCCGCCUCGGUUGUCAGGGAGCUCGUAGGAUAUUACGGUGACUUCUUGAGGAGCACCGAGGCGGGUCACUGGGGUUUCUACUGA